AUGGCGCACUUGAUAUUCCGGCUGCUCACGCUCUUGCUGUCCUUUUUCCUUCACCAGCAGGUUCUGGCGCAAACGACCACCUCAUCGACGCCAGGUGGAAGCGUCAGCUCAACAUCAUUGUCGAAUUCAGCGACGCUGACGCCGAGUCCAGCGUCAUCUUCAUCUACUCCUCCGGAUGUCUACCUGAACGUUCCGACCCUCUCUGUUGGCCGCAUUGAGCUUGACGUCGACGAUCUGCGGGCAGAUAUCAACUUGAAUGCGCAGGUGGCGUCCCUGGUCACCCUGAAUGCUGGCGUGGCCCUUUCCAUUCAAGAAGUCAACCUCACUAUUUCGGAUGUCGACGCGGAGCUUGAACUGAUUGUCCGUCUGGGACACCUGGUCGACAUCGUCAACCGAGUCUUCGAGUCCUUGGACCUCAACCCUCUCUUGAUCUCCGCCAUCAACAAUGUCACCUCGUUGCUCGAGCCAAUUGUGGGGGCAGUCGAUGGCCUCCUCGGUUCCAUCACUCAAGGAGGAACGACACUAUCAUUCUUGAUCGACAACCUGGGGAAUAUCGUCCAGGAGGUCGGCGGGGUGAGCACCAUCGUCGGAAAUUAUCUGACAAACAUGACCGACACGGGGGUCAGUCAGACACUGUCUGGUGGUCUGAUUGAGAAGACAUACUCAUAUGCUCCGCUCAAUGCGUUGGUGGACAUUGUCUUCAACACAGCUGGGCAAGUUGUUCAGGCAACCGUACAGAAGCAGAGCGGGAGCGGCGGAAGCACUACGACAAGUUCUACAUCGGCGUCAAGUACCACACCGGCUCCAUCGUCAUCUACCAGCAGCUAG